AUGAAGGUACAUGCAGAAAGACUAGGAAUCCAGGUUCAUUUCUCACUCGAAGAAGAACCACUAGGAACCGCAGGACCGCUUGCACUUGCAAGGCAGUACCUUGAUGGAGAGGAACCCUUCUUUGUAUUGAAUUCAGACGUCAUUUGUGAAUUUCCAUUCCAAGAAAUGAUUGACUUCCAUCUGUCGCAUGGGUGUGAAGGCACUAUUGCUGUUACUCAAGUCGAGGAACCUUCAAAAUACGGUGUAGUGGUCUUUGAUGAACACAAUGGCAUGAUAGCUGAGUUCGUGGAAAAGCCUCAGGAAUACGUAGGCAACAAAAUCAACGCCGGCCUCUAUAUAUUUAGCCCUUCCAUUCUUGACAGAAUUUCUCUUCGUCCAACCAGUAUCGAGAAAGAGAUCUUUCCGAAAAUGGCUGAGGCUUGUACUCUGUUCGCUUUUGUUCUCUCCGGUUUCUGGAUGGACGUUGGACAACCGAAGGAUUUCCUCAAAGGAAUGUCGUUGUUCUUGGAACAUAAACGCCAAACGGAGCCUUCAGUGUUGGCUAAAGGUGAAUAUGUUCAAGGGAAUGUUUUGAUAGAUUCAUCAGCAACAAUUGGGAAUAACUGCAAGAUCGGUCCGAAUGUGGUUAGUUGUGAUUCAUGGCUGUCAGACGCUUCUAGCCUUUUGCCUUGGCUGUAA